ACUAUAUAUAUUCUCAUAAUUCUAAUCUUUUUUGUUCAUUCUCCAAUACUAUUACAACUUACUCUAUUCUAUCUUAGGAAUUGUUUCUUGCACAUAUACAUUUUUAAGCAUUGAAUCAUGAAGCAACAACAGCCUGCAAUGAGAAUUCCGGUGGCCGACCCGAAUGCUCCUCCAUUUGCUCCCCUGAAUCAACCAACUAAUGGUGGUGCUGUUGGAGAGUUCUCUACUGGCCUUUGUGAUUGUUUCUCUGAUAUUCCUCUAUGCUGUUUGACAUGCUGGUGCCCCUGCAUCACCUUUGGACGUAUAGCAGAGAUUGUUGACAAAGGCUCAUCAUCAUGUGGGGUAAGUGGAGCGUUAUAUUCAUUAAACAUGGUAGUUGCGGGAUGUCAAUGGAGAUAUUCAUGUACAUAUCGAUCAAAGAUGAAGGCUCAAUAUGGAAUACCAGAGAACAGUUGUGCAGAUUGUUGUACCCAUUUCUGGUGUGAGUCUUGUGCAUUAUGCCAAGAGUCAUACCGCGAGCUUGAACACCGUGGCUACAAUGUUUCCCUUGGAUGGCAUGGUAACAUGGAGAGGCAAAACCAAGGGAUGGUGGUUCCUCCACCAAUGCCGGGUGGCAUGACCCGAUAAGCUCAACACAACACAUGGAAGAUUUCAAGAUUAUUACAUACAUGUUCAUAUGUGAAAUUACUCCAUUUGAAUACUGUACUUAUUUGUUAUUUUUUACUUCGUACAUCGUUUUUGCGA